AUGUCACAAGAUGGCGACACACCACCUCCUCCGCCGCCAAAACCACCAGUGAAUGAAUUUCACCCGGCCCUCGCGGUCAAUAAUAUCAAGACAGCAAUCCCGAUUACCCUUGACUACACAAACGUCCACUAUUUCACAUGGGUUGAAUUGUUUGAGAACCAUGCUUGUGCAUAUAAUGUUCUUGAUCAUAUCGAUCCCAAGACUCCGAAACCCUCUGACAUCUCCGAUGCGUUUUGGACUCGAUUAGAUGCUAUUGUUAAGCACUGGAUUUAUGGAACGAUUUCUGUUGAUCUUCUCAACACUGUGUUGUCUAGGAAAGCUACGACUCAACAAAUUAAGGAUCGCAUCAAGGAUAUUUUUCAAGAUAACAAGAGUACAAGGGCGGUAUACCUCGAGAAUCAAUUUAAUACUCUUCAUCUUGAUAAUUUUGCCAAUGUUACCUCGUUCUGUCAACAAUUGAAAAGCAUUGCUGAUCAAUUAGCCAACGUCGAUCAACCCGUUUCCGAUCAGAAAUUGGUUCAAUUCUUCGCUUGGUCGCGGGUUUGA